AUGAGACAGCAUUUUUCGCCCGUUGUCAACUCGCUCGCGAGUGUGUUCAGAAUUUCAUCUCGGCCUUCACCCUUUCAACAACCAGGUCUUCUGAGCCAAACAUGCAAGAACACACUCGCCCCAGGCUCAAUUAUAUCAUCCGUCAAUGCCCUCAGACCAUUUUCUUCUAGCUCGACAUUACAAGCUAGAAAAGGUCCUGUAAAAACCGACAAGCGAGUUACCUUAAUCCGUUAUUUCCUCAACCACCCACUCACACCGCGUCCGCUCCAUUUCUCACGCAACCGAUAUCUACGCCACUGGACGAUCCAUCGAGCCUGGCAAUUAUACAGUGCUAAACAGCGCAAGGCACAGCAAUUGGAGCUUGAACGUCAGUGGGCUAGCAUGAAAGAUGCAUGCGAGGAACUCCGUACUGGUGUUGGUGAUGGUGGGAGACUGUUCCGCACUUCGAUGAACAAGAAGGGGGUGUUUUCAGACGGUAUCCCAAUUGAAUAUGGACGACUACAGACAGACAGUCCGAGCAAGGACGGGUGGGAUUAUGCUUGGAAGCCUUGA